UCUCUCUCUCUCACAUCUCUCUCUCUCUCUCUCUCUCUCUCUGUCUGAAAAUGGAAGAAGCGAAACCGCAGCUGAACUGCUAGAGAGAAAGAAAAAGAAAAAUCAAGCCAUAAAAAUCCAAUCUUUGGAAAAUUAAAGAUGAAAUUAGCCAAGUUUUUAUUUCUAUAUUAUUAUCAUAAUCUCCACCUCAGCAUCUAUGUAAUCUUCUUUUUCUUCUUCUUCUUCUCUUUAGCAUCCACCGCCACCGCCGGCGGCGGCGGCGGAAAUGGGCUCGUCGGAGACUCGCAGCAGCUCAUCUCCUUCAAGAACUCGCUCCCCAACCCGGAACAAAUCCCCACGUGGCAGACAACAAUCUCCCCCUGCAAUUUCCGCGGCGUCUCGUGCAGAAACUCCAGAGUCGCCGCCGUUGAUCUCUCCGGCUACCACCUCGACACCGACGUGGCGGCGGUGGCGGAAUCUCUCCUCUCUCUCCAGAACUUGGAGUCCCUUGUACUAAAAAACACCAACAUCUCCGGUUCAAUACCUCCCGGUUCGAGAUCGUUGAACGUUCCUGAUCUUUCUUACGCCGACAUCUCCGGCGACAACGUUGUCACCUGCUUUCUGUCAAGUUCUUUCGCCGGACUGCAGUUUCUGUCGUUAAAGGGAAACAAAGUCGCCGGAGCUCUGCCGGAGUUUAAUUUCAAGAAUUUGGAGCAUCUGGAUCUUUCCGCGAACAACUUCUCCACGAAUUUCCCCACUUUCGGCGGCUGCUCCACCUUGCGACACCUGGACUUAUCUUCCAACAAAUUCUCCGGCGAAGUCGGCGCCUCACUCUCCACGUGCGCGAAUCUCAGCUACCUCAACCUCACCGGAAAUCAGCUCACCGGCGAAUUUCCUAACCUCACCGCCGGCAGCAUACAGUAUCUAUACCUCCAAGAAAACCAUUUCCAGGGCACUCUCCCACCAAAUCUCUCCGAUUUAUGCAAAACCCUAAUCGAAAUCGACCUCUCGUCGAACAACCUCACCGGCGCCGUACCGGAAACCCUCUCCGCCUGCUCAAGCCUCGAGCUCCUCGACAUCUCCGGCAACAAUUUCUCCGGUGAGUUGCCCGUCGAGACGGUACUCUUGAAACUAACCCGUUUGAGGAUUUUAAUAUUUUCUUUCAACAACUUCGUCGGCGGGCUUUCCGAUUCCUUGUCGGAAUUAGUAAACUUGGAAACCCUGGAUUUGAGUUCGAAUAAUAUUUCCGGGUUCAUCCCUUCCGGGUUGUGCCAAGAUCCUCGAAACAGCUUCAAAGUGUUGUACCUUCAGAACAACAUGCUCACAGGUACAAUCCCUCAAAGCUUGAGCAACUGCUCGAAAUUGGUGUCGCUUGAUCUCAGCUUCAAUUACUUGUCCGGUACAAUCCCGUCGAGUUUGGGCUCCUUGUCGGAAUUACGAGACGUAAUCAUGUGGCUGAAUCAGCUCCACGGAGAAAUCCCGGAAGAGUUCAUGCAUUUGCGGAGCUUGGAGAAUUUGAUUCUUGAUUUCAACGACUUGUCGGGUUCGAUACCGGCCAGCCUGAGCAACUGCUCGAAUUUGAAUUGGAUUUCGCUCUCGAACAAUCAGUUGACCGGAGAGAUACCGGCUUCGUUGGGUCAACUGUCGAAUCUAGCUAUAUUAAAGCUCGGUAACAAUUCUUUAUCGGGCACGAUCCCACCGGAGUUGGGUGAUUGCCGGAGCUUGAUUUGGUUGGAUCUCAACACGAAUUCGUUAUCCGGUACAAUCCCGCCGCCCCUUUUCAAACAAUCCGGCAACAUCGCAGUCGGAUUACUCACCGGAAAAAGCUACGUGUACAUCAAGAACGACGGGAGUCAACAAUGCCACGGUGCGGGGAAUUUGCUCGAGUUUGGCGGCAUUAGGCAGGAGCAGCUGAACAGAAUCUCGACUAGGCAUCCUUGUAAUUUCACGAGGGUGUACAGGGGAAUCACCCAGCCUACUUUCAACCAUAACGGUUCGAUGAUUUUUCUCGAUCUCUCGUACAAUAAAUUGGAGGGUGGAAUUCCGAAGGAGCUCGGUGCGAUGUUCUACUUGUCGAUACUCAAUAUGGGGCAUAAUGAUUUAUCGGGCCCCAUUCCUCAAGAGCUUGGUGGGUUGAAGAGCGUGGCGAUUCUUGAUUUGUCAUACAAUAGGUUGAACGGUACGAUUCCACAGUCGUUGACCGGUCUUACUUUGCUCGGAGAUAUCGACUUGUCGAACAACAAUCUCUCGGGAGUAAUACCCGAAUCGGCCCCGUUCGAUACCUUUCCCGAUUAUCGAUUCGCGAAUAAUAGUGGGCUUUGCGGGUACCCUUUGCCAAAGUGUGUGUCUGGUUUGGGGGCGCCGGGGGGUGGUGGCCCCCACCCGAGGUCCAAUCGGAGACAAGCUUCACUCGCUGGAAGCGUGGCGAUGGGGUUGCUAUUCUCGUUCUUUUGUAUAUUCGGUUUGAUUAUCGUGUUCGUCGAGACGAAGAAGAGGAAGAAGAAGAAGGAGGCGGCUCUCGAGGCUUAUAUGGAGAACCACUCGAAUUCGGCCACGGCACAAAGCAAUUGGAAGCUUAGUGCUAGAGAUGCGUUGAGCAUUAACCUCUCUACGUUCGAAAAGCCAUUGAGGAAGCUCACAUUCGCGGACCUUCUAGAAGCAACCAAUGGCUUCCACGACGACAGUCUCGUGGGGUCCGGUGGGUUCGGUGAUGUGUACAAGGCGGAGCUAAAAGACGGGAGUGUCGUCGCAAUCAAGAAGUUGAUCCACGUCAGCGGCCAAGGGGACCGUGAAUUCGUGGCCGAAAUGGACACAAUUGGAAAAAUCAAGCACCGAAAUCUAGUUCCCUUGUUGGGCUAUUGUAGAGUCGGUGAAGAACGGCUAUUGGUCUACGAGUACAUGAAGUACGGAAGUCUAGAAGAUGUUUUACACGAUAGGAAAAAAAUCGGGAUCGAAUUAAAUUGGUUCGCGAGGCGGAAAAUCGCAAUCGGAGCGGCGCGUGGAUUGGCUUUCCUCCACCAUAAUUGCAUUCCGCAUAUUAUCCAUCGCGACAUGAAAUCGAGCAAUGUUUUGCUCGACGAGAAUUUGGAGGCUAGGGUUUCGGAUUUCGGAAUGGCGAGGCAUAUGAGCGCGAUGGACACGCACUUGAGCGUGAGCACGUUGGCCGGUACUCCGGGGUACGUACCACCGGAGUAUUACCAAAGCUUCCGAUGCUCGACUAAAGGGGAUGUCUAUAGCUACGGGGUGGUUUUGCUAGAGUUACUCACCGGUCGUCAACCGACCGACUCGCCCGAUUUCGGCGACAACAACCUCGUGGGGUGGGUGAAGAGUCACGCGCGGAUGAAAAUAAGCGACGUGUUCGAUCCGAAGUUGAUUAAAGCGGACCCCACUAUAGAAAUCGAGCUCUUGCAACACUUGAAAGUCGCGUGCGCUUGCUUGGACGACCGGCCGUGGAAAAGGCCGACUAUGAUUCAAGUCAUGGCGAUGUUUAAGGAGAUUCAAGCGGGGCCCGGUAUCGAUUCGGGGUCCUCGAUUGCGGUUGACGAAGGAGUGGAGAUGAGUAUAAAGGAAGGGAAUGAAUUGAGCAAGCAUUUGUGAUUGAGGAAUAUUUAAAUUGUUGUUUUGUUGUAUUUACUAGUUACUAAAUCAAGAAAAUCUUGUUUUUUUUUUCUUUUUUUUUUUUUAAUUAUUAUUAUACGUUUAAUUAACUUGUAACAUUAUUGUACAUAUAAAGUUUUGAGUUUGUUGUAUUUUUAUUAAAUUUUUGUUUGAACUUCUGUUUUUUUGGGUUGUCUGAAUUUAGAUUGGGAUGUGUGACCUCAUAGUGAUGGUGACUGACUAAGUGGAUGGUAUUUUUGGA